GUAUAACACAGACAAGUGAUGAAUAAUAUUCAUGGCAAUACUUAACAAUCUCUGCAAGAGCAUAGGCAGGGGUAUGGAGGCGUCGGAGUCAGGCGCCCUUCUUCUGGGGGGGCCAUUUGGAGAUGAGAGAAACAUGUUUGUUCUCAAGCCGUUUACAACAAAAGCGUACAAGCAAAAGAUCAAAGCAAAAGUAAGGGGUGAAGAGACCAGCAUAUCACCCGAAUACAUCCUGCAACAGGCGCGCAUGACACAUGGACGGAACAUGUUGGGCAUUUGUACUGCAGCGGACCUGCGCCAACGCGCCGUACCUGCCAGCAUGAUUCGUCUUCAAGCGGAAAACUAUGCCUGCCAAGUGCCACAGCCGUCAUUCUCGGGCUACAGCACCAGCAGUGGUUUUGGCAGCGAGCAUAGACACGACCCUCUUGACAUGCUUGGCGAGGAUUCAGGGAGACGUCGUCGCAGGGACACGACAGCAGCUUUUGCUGCUGCAGCUGCACCUGCGACUUCCUCAUCAAUAGCAGGAGCAGCGACCAUUGUACCUGCCACAGCAGCUGAGGUGGCAUCAGUUGCAGCAGCGACUACUGAGGCUUCCACUGGAAAGGCCUUUGGGGAUGCCUGCAAGCAGCAAGAUGGACAGGAGGCUAGCGGCGAGCCACUAGCUGGGUCCGUUGCCGGCGGGAGCAGCAAUCCAGGGAGGGAAGGCAGCAGCGCUGGUGACAGUAGUGGUAGUGAUGGCAGCAGCAGGGACACCGGAGCUGUGUCGGCAGCUGCAGUCGACACGGGGCUGCUGGUCUUAGGGCAGGAAGAGGAGGGAGCGGAGGCCGAACAGCAGCAGGCGGCUGGUGAGGAGGACUGCCGAGCACAUGCGGCGGCGAUAGCGGCAGCCGCAGCGGCGGCGACAGCAGUAGCUACGGCGGACGGUUCGUUCCCGUUGCUAUCGCUCCAUCAUGAGGACCACCACCAGCAACAACAACACCCUCACCCUCAUCCUCACUCUCACUCGCACCACACGCAUUCCCAUCAGCCCCAUUCCCACCAACCUCAUCCCCAGCCGCACCCCGAUGCGGGUGCGGCUCGGCCACCGCAGCCGCCACCAGCUUCCUCAAUCCCUGCCGCAGUACAGCUCGAGCACGGAUCAGCGGCGGAUGCAGCAACGCUGCCGGACUCUUGUUUUGCGCGACCGAGCAUCGCCCUAUCCGCCGUUGGUGUAGCAACGCCAGGGAUAGCGGUAGCGGAGGCAGGAGCACCAGCCCCAGCCCCAGCACCGGCACCAGGCGGCGAGGGGUGCCGUGUUGACACCCUGCUAACGCAGCUACGUCAGUUCCAGCGGGGACCCCCGGCGCCUUCCUACCUGACCGGUGGCAUGGAGCGACGCACCACCACCAGCACCGGCGGCGGUGGCCGCGGCAGUAGCACCGGCGGCGGGGCCAUGACCAUAGACCUGCCGCCGGCGCUGUUGUUACAUCAGCAGCAACUGCAGCAGCAGCAGCAGUCUGCUGGACACGCUGUGUUGUCUGUGUGUCCGGGAGUCAAGGAGCCGUUUUCUCAGCAUCCGUCUCUGGUGUCCUCGCAUGCGUCGGCUCUCGGCGGACUCAGCAGCGCGCCAACAGCCAACAGGGCUACCUGGGACAUGCGCUCCCCGGCGUCGACGCUGACGGGAACUCCCAGCGGCGGUGUGUACGGCAUGGGCGGCGGCGGUGGCGUCACGGUGCAUGGGAAUGGCAGCGGCAGCGGCGGCGGCCGAGGGGUCAGCGGGGAGCAUUUGGUGCGCAGAGGGCGCACGCACGGCCCCAGCGGCAGCCUCACGGGGAUGCUUGCGGCGCCCUCGUACGACGCUGCGGCGGCGGCGGCGCGGUACGGCAACCCAGGCGUUGUGAUAAUGCUGGGUGGGCCGGCGGGGGUAAGCUCCAGCGGCGACGACACCGCAGAUGGCACGUUUCGGCCCAUUGCCUGCAGCGGUGCCGGCGGCGCCGUUGGCAGCGGCGGGGGCGCCAACCGCGGCGGCCGUACCCGACGAAGCGCGAGCACGGGUGCUGACUUUCCCUUGUACGGCGCUCGCUUCAACGGCAGCAGUGGCGAUGGAGGCGAGAGUCAAGGCGUCAGCCACGCAAGCGCGCAUGCAACUCGUGCAGCGGACCGAGCUCCUCGCAACCACCGCCGGCAACCACCUCGGCAACCUGCCGAACAAAAUUCUGGUAGCCCUUGCCCGAGCAGCAACGGUCAGGCAUCAGCCUCAGCCGCCAGACUCCCUCCGCAUGCAGCAGCAUCAGCCGCGUUUGGGGGCACACCAACGGGGGCAUCAGCGAUGAGAGCGUCGGCGGCGGGGGUGGUGACGGAGGCGGGACGUAUCGUCGAAGUUUCCUCCAUUGGCCGUACUCGACUCCAGGGAAACUACUCGGCUGACCUGACGUCUCGCGUGAUCGCCCACGCUAACAGCGGCGGCGACCAUUCAGGUCUGCUGCUGCCGGCGGCGACCCUGACUGCAGAUGGCUACGUGCCUCUACCAACGCCUCCGCCCCCGCCGCCGGCCCCCGCAGCGCAGCUUCUGCCGGAGCUGCCUUGCGCUUGUACGACAGCAGCGACGCCGACGGCGACGUCAGCGCUGGCCUCCCCGCCCAGCCCGGCGGCGAUAGCUCUGUUCCGAGCGAUCACGCGGGUGGACCCCGUGGGCCAUAGCGCGCUGGAUUACCUAGGGCCGGUGUCCGAGGGCCCUGCAACCUCGAGGGCCCUACGCGGCCCGCCCUACGCGCCGCGCCUGCUGCCCCCGCACCACCAGCGCCACCACCAGCACCGCAAUCACCACCGUCAUCAACACCACCAGCACCAACACCAGCAUGGGCUCACCUCCUACCAUUCCGUGCCCACUGCGGCGAUGGCGGCGGAGGCGGAGCGUUCGCCUGCUGCUGCUCGCGGCGUGCGGGCUAGCAGCAGCCAAGUGGAGCUGUGCAGCCACCCCACCAAGCUUCCCAAGAUCAGCUCGGCGCUUGCAGCCGGGAGCACCUCCUUUCCUGGACCCAGGAGCUCCUUGUUGGGCCAUAGCAGCAGCAACAACAACACCAGCAGCCUGUUAGGCCACAAGCCACAACACGGGCAGCACCGGGAUGAGACACCAAACAGCACCCAGGGCGGUGGCGGUGGUGGCGGCCACCAUGCCGGUAACUUGGUUGGGCAUGUGCAUGGAAUAGGGAUGGG